CGGUAGUACCAAAAUACCAGUUGUGCACCCACACCAAUCGCAUGUGCAUGUGUAGCAUAUUUUCAUCACUACUCACGUUUCGUGCGAGAGAGCAGAUGCGUACAAUACAAUAGAGGCAUCGAAUCAACAAUAAUAGCCGGCUGGCAGUAAUGUAUACCACUACUGGUUCAUUUGGGAGAUAAAGUUCUUGUGAUUAAAUAACUCAACAUUGGAAACCGUCACAGCCGCCAGAGACAACACUAGCUAAUAAUACUAUCCAGAUCAAGAAAAGCAACAGUGCUUGGAUUGAAACACGCAUUGAUUACAAGGGAUAAAAUUCAAGAUGAGCAUCUUCCAGAGCAAGAUGCCAUCCCUACUCCAGACAUCUCUGAGAAACCCUCAUCAUCUCAGCACGGCAAUAUACCUCUCACUCCUAGCCAUGACCCUCAUCGUCAGAACCACACUAGCAGCUGCAGUACUAAACUCCUACAACCUGUCAUCAUUCACACCGCCAAGUCAAGAUGUUACUUUGAAUCGUUUUGUAGUGCACAAUAGGACAGGAAGCAUUUAUGUUGCUGCAGAGAAGUUUCUGUUUAGACUCGGUUCUGACUUACAGAACCUUGAAGGCACUGGUACCUCAAGUUGUGCUGAAGAUGACAAUUGCGACGACAUCACCAAGAUUCUUGCCAUUUCUCAAGGAGAUGCCGAAAGCUUAAUCAUUUGUACGAGUGCAGAGGGAAAGUGUGAAGUCAGAGACUUGUCUGAUAUUGAGCAAGUGGUACACAGCAGUAGUAUAAUGGUUCCUGGGGAAUCAGCAGAACUCACAGCAGCUGGGGUCAUCACAGAAGUGGCACAAGGAGGUAACCUUGUGGAGAAGUUCUAUGUGGCAAACACACUAAGCGCGGAAGCCACCUCGUUUACACAUCCUAUCAUACGAUGGACUGUUUCAGAUAGCUUUGACCAGGCAGAUGAGCUUAACCACUAUGCUUUGAAUGUUGCAGUGAACAGUUUCCCCAUCUCUUACAAGGAAACCUUCACCCACAAUGGCUUUGUGUAUUUUGUCAUGAACCAGGUUGGAAAUGUCAAACUAGGGAGAGUUUGUGAAACAGCCAGGAUGGAAUACUACUCAGAGAUCACCUUAAGGUGUGACAGUAGGAAACGACCAGGUACAUCUUACACCUUGGUGCAGGCAGCUCGCGUCGGAAAAGCUGGCUCUGCCCUGCAGAUGUCCAUCGGUUCUGGCCCAGACAGCAUCUUGUAUGCGGCCUUCUCUGAAUCUGAUUCUGUGAGCAGCAAUGCAGCCCUGUGCAUGUAUAGCAUGGCAGAUGUUGAAGCUGCCUUCCUGCAGGCGGUUAAGGAUUGUCUAAGUGGGACACAGGACGCUCGUCUUUCAUACCUUUAUGAUGCUACUUGUGACGAAUUGAUCCUCCCUGACGACAUAUUGCUAGGACUCAUGUGUUCUCAAGAAUACUCUUUUACAUACGCCAAUGGCAUCCACCCUCUCGUAUCCUCUGCUGCUGUGGAGAUGUCAUCCCAUGUCCCAACCUCUAUUGUCUCGGCAGUAGUCAGAAAUCACACUGUGGUGUUCAUUGGAACCCAAGAGGGAGACCUGUUGAAGGUCCAUGUUAUGAGUAAUACAACGGGAAGACUGUAUGAGACGGUACCGCUCGGUUCUACACCCAUCCUACCUGAUAUGUACAAUGACCAAGACACUAGUAUCCUCACUGCAAAUCAACAAUCACUCUACCGAUUGGCAGUGGCUAACUGUGGGCAGUACUCAACCUGUGGAGAGUGCAUUGGAGUAGGAGGGGCUGAGGACGGAGACCCUUAUUGUGGAUGGUGUACUCUGCAAGCAACGUGCACACAGUAUCGGGAGUGUGUUAACCCCGAGGAGACUGAUCACUGGCUGGCCUACGAUACCAGAGAGUGCAUUAACAUCACUCGCCUCACACCAAGCAGCCUACCGAGACAGCAGUCAGAGGUGGACAUCACAUUCGCUGUUGCUCACCUGCCGAUUCUUGAGAGCGGGUCCUACUCGUGCCGCUUUGAUGACAUCACCUCCGAGGUCACCUCGUCUGUCGGCAACAACGUUACGUGUCCGUCACCAGCAUCCAAUGAACUACCAGAGAUACAGUCAGACGGCGAUCACAUUGCUUUGACUCUGUCAUUGGCUGUGGACCCGUCUGGUAUAGAAAUCAUCAGCAAGAAAUAUUUCUUCUAUGACUGCAGCCGAAUAACAAGCUGUACAGCCUGUUCCAGUAGUCAGUGGGAUUGUGAUUGGUGUAUCCAUGACAACGCUUGCACCCAUAACAGUUCUUCUUGUUCAGCAGUAAUCACUGGAGUGGACGGACCGUCGUCUUGUGCCAAGCUUCUACCUGUAACAUCAGCUAUUCAGAUUCCUGUUGGUUUGGAGAGAGAAUUUCAGCUGAAAGCUAUUAAUCUUCCAUCUAUGGUUGACGAUUUUCAGUGUGUUGUAAACAUAGAGGACCAGGAACAUGUCACAUCUGCUGAUAUCGUCAAUGGAACAGAUGUUAUCUGUGCAGCAAGGAGUUAUACAUUUACGACUGGUGUGUUGGAACUUGACGUGCCUGUGUCAGUCCGUUGGAAUGGAAAUUUUUACAUUGAUUCACCAAGUAAUUUAAAUGUCACACUUUACAAUUGUGAGUUUGAGCGAGAUAGCUGUAGCCGUUGCCUCUCAUCUGCGGUGACCCCAGUUGACCUACGUUGUGGAUGGUGUGGGAACGUAUGUGGUGUCCGUGAAUCUCCAGAGUGUCAAGGAGACUCGUGGAUCCCUCAAGGGUCUAAUCGCAGCUGCCCAGGACCAGUAGUCUCGAAGAUCUUCCCUAUGUCAGGUCCUAUAGAAGGUAACACCUUGGUUGAGAUCUUUGGAAGUGACCUUGGACAAAAAUUCUCAGACAUAGACUCCAUUAUGCUUCAUCAGCAGCUCUGUAACCGUACAGGUUUAGAGGAAAGCUACCAGGUUGGUUCCAGAGUCAAGUGUUUGACAUCAGCCAGCGGUGAACCAAGAGAAGCUGUAGUGAAAGUGACUGUGGGAGACCCUCCCACUGAGAGUACAGGAUCGGUCAUAUUCACAUACCGUGAUCCUGAGAUCACUGGGUUCCAUCCUUCAUCGGGUAUAGCUAAUGGAGGCACCGUCGUAAUGAUAACUGGUACAUCACUGCAGACAGGCAGUAACAUCACAGCAUCUAUCGGCAAUGCUGUGUGUGACAUCAUGUAUAUUAAUGAUACCUAUGUGACAUGCAAGACCAGUGGGACAAGAGAAAACACAUCUAGUUUAGUGACUUUAAGGUUUGACGGAGCUGAAAGGAAUUCAACGGAGAUGUUCACAUACAAAACUAACCCGACCAUAGCUGGGUUGUCAACAUCAAAGUCCAUUGCAUCGGGUGGAGUGAAUAUUACCAUUAAUGGUGUGGGUUUUAAGACAGUACAGGAAGCACUGCUCAUUGCUACACUAAUAGCAGACCCUACAAAAUCAGACUCUGUGGCGUGUCAUCUCCUCAGCGAUACCGAGAUGGUUUGUCCUAGUCCUCGUCUCCCCACCUUGCACUCGACCCCCACUAAGAGGAGACAUAGAAGAGAAGUGGAGGAAGUCUCGCUCGCGGUGUCGUUGGAUGAUUAUCUUGUCAACAUCAGUGAUUCCUUUGAAUUCUACCCCGAUCCUCGCUAUGACACCUUCCAAGAACCUAACGGCGUCAAACAGGUUUCCAGCAAUGAUACGUUAAGAAUAACAGGCACUGGUCUUAAUCUAGCAGUCAGUAAAUCAGAUGUUCGGGUCCUGAUCGGCGAUAAAUUCUGUGAGGUUCUUAGUAUUGGAGCAGAGCAACUCUUCUGUCGCUUACCACCAACGCAACCUCAAGCUGGAAGCCAUGCCAACGGGACAUCCCAAACAUACCCAGCAGUCAUUGUCCUCCAUGGAAGUGUCCUGCAUUUCUCUCUGGGUUCCGUCCACUACAUCCAGGACUCAGUCUUCAGCAUUGUCCUGGUGAUCGUCAUAGCUGUCCUGGUGGGUGUGGCAGUGGUGUUUACUCUUAUCGCUGUCUCCUUCUAUGGAAGACGGGUUCACCAGCACAAACUCAAGUCAGCAGAGGGCGCUCUCAUUAGGCUGGAGGAACGGCUUAAGGACAAAGCAACAGAAGCAUUCCAUGACCUGCAGCGAGACAUGUCUGGUCUGAAAGAGCAGCUUCAGGGUGUUGGUAUGCCAUUUGUUAGCGGAGCAGACUACAUCAGGAACAUGCUCUUCUGGGGCCUCAAGGUCCAACCUAUGACCAACGACCCUGAGCUACCCCAGGAGAGCAUUAAACAAGCCAUGUCAGAGUUCUCUAAGCUUCUCAACAGGAAAGAGUUUCUAAUGCAGUACAUUCAGGGUCUGGAUGAAGCAAAGAACUUAAAACAAAAAGACAGAGUCAAUAUUGCUUCACUACUCUCAACAAUUCUGACAACAGAAGGAAGAUUCCAUUAUCUUACCGAUGUAAUGCUGACCUUGAUGGCAGAAAAGAUAGAAGAAUCAGAUGAAAAUAGACUCAAACAACUCUUUAAAAGUGUGGGGAGUAUACUAGAGAAGCUUAUAUCAAACUGGGUUGCUCUAUGCAUGUACAAACAUCUCCAGAAACAAGUAGCGUACCCUCUGUAUGUGUUAUACCAAGCCAUCAAGGGUCAAGUAGAUAAAGGACCAGUGGAUGCCAUCACAGGUCAAGCUCAUUUCUCGCUCAACUUUGAUUAUCUUCUUGAUGAGGAUGUAGAGUUCGAAGAUGUGACAUUACAAAUUGUGGACAAAGAGCAUAAGGUGUUAGAGCAAGUCAAGGUGCUAGAUGUUGAUACUAUCACCCAAGCCAAACAGAAGAUAUUAGAUGCUGUCUACUGCAAGCGACAGACAGCUCAACAGCUUAGAUCAAAUGAAGUAGAUCUGGUGCUUCUAAAUGGAUGUAUGGGUCGGUUAGUGCUCAAAGACAGAGAUCCAAUCACUGAAACCAGGGGACACUGGAUCAAAGCUAACACCAUCAAAGCUUACAAGAUAUCCAAUGGUUCUUCAGUAGCUAUUGUAAAGAAGCAAGAUGGCACAAAUCCUGAGUUUUCUGCUCCUCUGGUACUAGACAAAGCAGAGCUUGCCUACACAUAUGUUCCCAGGUUUUUGGAAAGCUAUUCCCCAUGGUCUACGGACAAAAAUCAUACUCAGUAUGUGAAGUUAAAUGCUCUUGAGGCACCAGCUGUGAACAAUGUCCGAACGUCAUGGGAGUACACCCAGAUUGAUGUCGAUCCAGAGGAGGGAAAGCAGAUGUGGCACUUGGUGAAAGAUGAAAGCAAUACUGUGAACAGCAACAGCAAGAAGAAGAGGCCCCACAAGAUAGACCACAGACCAAAGCUCAUUAAAGAAGUCUACACCUCUAGACUUCUUGUAACCAAGAAUGCCGUCCAGCCGUUCUUAGACGAGUUUCUAGAAGCCACUUUCUCCUUGCCUGAAGGACAGUCUAGUUUACCUGUUCACAUCAAACAUCUCUUUGACUUCUUUGAUACACAUGCAGAAGAGCAUAGUGAAAUAAAGGACAAUGUAUCCGCAGCAUGGAAAACUAAUAGCCUUGCUCUUCGUUACUGGGUAACGGCCAUCUCACAUCCAUCCUUCAUCUUUGAUAUGCAACAAUCUCGGACGGCCGACUAUUGCAUCAAUGUCCUUACCAACAUGUUGGACCAUGCAUGUAAAAAGAACAUCCCUACCUACAACCUAGAUGCAUCGUUGAACAGAAUCCUGUACAGACCAGAGCUUCCAAGGUAUAUUGAGAUGGUGGAGGGAUACUACAAUGCCAUUGCAGACUUGCCAGGAGUAUCACAGUCUCAACUUGAAGAAGCAAGCCAGCAAAUUACCAAGGAAUUCUCUGCACAUUUCAGCAGACUAGGAAUGCUUCAUCAGUUGUAUGAGUACACCAAAGAACACACAGACAUGUUGGACAACAUCAGUGCAAUAAUUGAAGAGCGUGAUGACUAGAUCAAGGCCAGAAUGAGGGAGGAGGCUUUAAGACAGGAGGCAAUAUCACCAAACUGUGCAAGAUGGAUGCGAUGAGAUGCUGGGUUUUCACACGGUGCUAUCAAGUCAUGCCAACGCUUCUUUUUUAAUGUUAAUAUUUUGAGGAAUUUGAAUGUUUUGUAUCUUUUGUUCGAUGGCGAAAUAACAAUAUGUUGCAACUAUUUCUUUGUUUUGAAUGAAAGCAGGACCAAAUAUUUGCAAUGCCUAUUGGUUUUGUUGGCAUAAAGGCACCUGCCUUGAUAUAUGAAAAUGAAUUUAAUUUGUGGUCUCUUUGGUGAUUGAAGCAUAUUCUCUAUCCCUUUUUCCAUGAUGAAAAGGAAAUAAUAAAAAAUGUCUUUUUAUUUCAACUCUGCUUUUAUCUGCUAUAAUUUUUCACUCACACUCCUUUAAUUAAAAAAAUUCAAACCAACUCAAAACUUUUUGCUACUCACAAUAUUUGCUUCCCAAUGUGCAUGCCAACCAUUAAGUGGGAUUAUUAUAUUUUGCCAAGAGUGCAUUUUCCUUUUUGAAAUGUUUGUGUUGUGUGAAUCCAGAUAACAAGCUUGCCAUGUUAAAGAGUGAGAGAGGAAGUGAUAAAAUGUGAGAAUGUUGUAAAUCUCGUUGUAUGCUAGUAACAGUAGUUGUGUCCAGAGGUGAAAACUUGUUGUAUUUUUUAUGCUUUUUCAUUCUGACAAAACAGGCCAAACAAGCCCACUACAUGUACUUAUAUUGUUUGAAAUGAAGAAUAUAUCUUUUGCAAUUCAAGAACUAUAAUUUGUUUACCAUCUAUUUUUAAAAUGUAUGCAUGAUAUUCUUCCAAAAGCUUUUUCUUACAAACUCACAAAAACGGCUUAUUCUGAACUAUUUGAAUAUUUAAGAAACUGAGAUGUUACUGUUUUUACUUCCAUUGUAACCAUAUGCCCAUAAGUAUACAAGCAGAAUUCAUAUUACUUGUAAUCUUAAUUUCUUCAUUCACUUUCAAUCGCCUGUCCUUCAGUUAAUCAGCUACCAUAACUUGUGAUUACAAACUGCUUUAAUUUGAAAUUACUUAUGUUUAUUACCUAAAAUUCAAAAUAAAAGACACUUAGCUUGCACAUCUCAAAGUAUAGUCGCAGUACUUCAAUAAUUAUUCAGUACUGCCUCAUUCCAACUCUUAUCACAUUUGUGGAGCGACAUUCUCCUACUUUAUUUAAAGGAGAAAAUCAAAACUAUUUUUUUGUUAACGUCAUGUAGUAUCUAUUGUUCACAUGUCUGUGGUUGUUAAGAUGUGAUGAUUCAUGUAAACAUGUUCAUGUCAAAUAUACAAAGUGGUAGGAAAAGUCUAAAGAACAAUGCAAUCUCAGUGGUUUCGCUUUUUAAUAGGAAUUACAUGUACUAGUUGAACUUUCGUUUAUGUGAUUCAUGUGCACUCAAUUGUACAGAUAAGCACCCUUUCUUAAUGUUCAAUGUGAAAAUAAGUCAUAUAUGAUUUAUGUUUUCUUUUUGAAAAACAUCCUGUUUUUUUUAAACUUUUGUGCUUUAUUGUACCUCACAACUCUCACUGUUUAAUAUUGAGAAUGAAAAGUGUUGAUCAUUUUGUUAUUUAGACUCAGUACUUGCUCCUUGUGUUUGUUUUUUUCCCCAUUUAAAAAAAAUACAAUAUAUCUUAUCUAAUCUAUAAUACCACAAUAUUGGGUGUAAUAUCAUUGGUAACAGAUAAUUUUGGUUGCAACACAAAAGAUGGAUUACAAAAGAUGUAUGGUAAUCCAACAUGAUUAAACCUCAAAAUGACCUCAAUUUGCAUUGGAAAUGGAUUGGAUACUAGAAUAAAUUGUGCAGUGCAUGAUCAAACAAAAUAUAUUUAUAGUUAUAACCUGAAAAUCAAGACAUUUAAAUCUGUUUAUUCUUGUAAAAAAAAAUAUUUAUUUUCUUUCAAAUUCAUGUAUGUCUCAUGAUCGUAGUACUUAAUAUAUCUACAUAAAAUUGUCACAAAUCAUUGCAUGUGUAAAUAAUUAAUAACAAUGUACAUGUAACAGCCUUUUAUAAUGAUCAAUGUAUUUACCUUCUAUAAUGAAUUUUAUUUAUUUGAAGAUAGCAGCUUCCCAACACUGCAUGGGCCUUUUUCUAGAACCAAAUGACUUGUUUUAUAGGUAUUUUGUGAAGAGAACAAAUAAAUGUAUUUUUAGUGUCACAAAUGUUUGAAUGUCCUGUUAUAGAUAAAAUUAUAUAUUUUAUGUUUAUCCUAUUUACAUAAUAUAUUACUGAAAUCAUUUUGUUUUCUUUUUCUAAAGAGGCUUUAUACAGAACAUGUUUAGAUAUGAUAUGAUAUACAUGAUAUGAUGUCCACGUUCUUAUUCUUAUUGUGUAAUACUAUAUAUUACAGAAUGAUCAUUUGUACAGAAGAAUAAAUUACUUUACACCAGUACUACUGGACAGAAUAUA